UUAUAGUGCGAGGAGCGCUAGAAGUUUUAGAGACCGCCGUGCCUGCACUUAAAUGUGCUCAAGCCGUUCUUCAAUUGCUGAUGAAUGGAUCUGUAAAUUAGGGUUUAAUUCUAUAGUUUAUAUUAGAUCUGUUACUUAAAAUCGUGGCAAAAUUGCAGUGGAGGAGUAGCACCAGUAUGGUUUUUAGGGUUUUCUUAUGCUGCUUCAUUUUUGCAAUUUCUGUAUCUUUCGUUACUGCAGAUUCUAUCCAAGGAUGUGGUGGAUUUGUCGAGGCGCAUUCUUCAUUGAUAAAGUCGAGGAAGCUAUCUGAUGGGAAAUUGGAUUAUUCACAUAUCACUGUUGAGCUUCUCACUAUUGAUGGAUUAGUAAAGGACAGGACACAAUGUGCUCCAAAUGGUUAUUAUUUCAUCCCAGUUUAUGACAAGGGUAAUUUUGUCAUCAAUAUAAAAGGGCCCGAUGGAUGGUCUUGGGAGCCAGAUAAAGUCCCUGUUGUUGUCGAUCAUAAUGGCUGCAAUUCAAAUGUUGAUAUCAAUUUCCAGCUCACAGGGUUUACCCUUUCUGGAAGAGUGGUUGGAGCUGUGGGAGGAGAAAGCUGCUCGUCAAAAAAUGGGGCACCUUCUAAUGUGAAAGUUGAACUGCUAUCGCCUGAUGGUGAUACUGUAUCUGUUGCUUUCACAUCAUCAACAGGAGGGUACUGUUUCACAAAUAUCACUCCAGGAAAUUAUCAACUCCGUGCUUCUCAUCCAGAUUUGGAGCUUGAAGUCAGAGGAUCUGCAGAGGUAGAGUUGGGGUUUGGAAAUGGGAAAGUCGAUGAUAUCUUCUUUGCUCGUGGAUAUGUUUUAAAUGGUUUUGUUGUUGCUCAGGGUAAUCCAAUUUUAGGAGUACACAUUUAUUUACAUUCAGAUGAUGUUUUGGAGGUGAGUUGUCCCCAGGGUUCUGGUGAUGCUCCUUGGCCAAAGAAUGCACUCUGCCAUGCUGUAUCUGAUAAAAAUGGCAGGUUCACAUUUAAUUUUUUACCUUGUGGGGUUUACAAGCUUUUGCCCUACUACAAGGGAGAGAAUACAGUGUUUGCUGUCUCGCCUCCUUCCAUAGAUGUAACUGUUGAUCAUUUUCAUGUUACUGUUCCCCAAAAAUUCCAGGUUACUGGAUUUUCAAUUGGUGGACGUGUUGUGGAUCACAAGGGAAUUGGGGUUGAAGCUGUCAAAAUAAUUGUUGAUGGUCAUGAAAAGUGUAUCACAGAUGCUCAGGGCUAUUAUAAACUUGAUCAGGUUACAUCUACGCAUUACACAAUUACAGCAGAAAAGAAUCACUGCAAGUUCAAUGGUUUGGAGAGUAUCAAGGUUUUGCCAAAUAUGGCAUCACUUCCAGAUAUCAAAGCAACCCACUAUGAUCUAUGCGGCAUGGUUAGAUUGGUUAAUGCAGAUUACAAAGCAAAGGUGGCAUUGACACAUGGGCCAGCAAAUGUCAAGCCUCAAGUCAAACAAAUGGAUGAGAAUGGAAAUUUUUGCUUUGAGGUUCUGCCUGGUGAAUAUCGGCUAUCUGCGCUGGCGAUUGCAUCAGAAAGUAGUUCUGGAAUUCAUUUUGUGCCUCCUCACAUUGAUGUUGUGGUUGAUAUGCCUUUGCUUGACGUUGAAUUUUCCCAGGCACAGGUCAACAUUCAUGGCACUGUGGUUUGCAAAGAGAAAUGCAGGCCAAGAGUUUUUAUUUCACUUGUAAGCGUGGGAGGUAGAAAUUCAGGCGAAAGAAAGACAAUAUUCUUGGGUGAUGAGAGUAGCAAUUUCAUGUUCCCCAAAGUUUUGCCUGGCAAGUAUCAUCUUGAGGUAAAACAUGAAUCUUCAUCUGAUAUGCAAAAGGAGGAUGAUUGGUGCUGGGAUCAGCAAACUAUUGAUGUGGAAGUGGGAACUGAAGAUCAGAAAGGCAUUGUGUUUGUCCAGAAAGGUUACCUGAUAAAUAUAAUGUCCACCCAUGAAGUUGAUUCCUACAUACUCCAGCCUGAAACUUCCCCACUAAAUUUACACAUCCAGAAAGGUUCACAGCAGAUUUGUGUAGAAUCUCCCGGGCUGCAUGAGCUUCAUUUUGUUAACUCGUGCAUUCAUUUUGGGAUCUCAUCAUUGAAGUUUGACACAUUGAAACCGUUGCCUAUAUAUCUAACAGCGCAGAAGUACCUUGUAAGAGGAGAGAUCCAAGUUGAUCCAACUUUGUGCCCUGGGGCUUUUGAGUUAAGUGAAAGAUUCAUUGUGGACAUAUUGAGAAGGGAUGAUGCAGUUGUUGAUGUUAGUCAUGUUAGGCAUGUAUCUAAUGAAGAUGAAUCUGGGAGUUAUGCACUGUAUGAAUACUCAGUGUGGGCUAAUCUUGGGGACGAGCUUAUCUUUUCUCCACGGGAUGCAAGCAACAACAUCGAAAAGAAAUUCUUGUUUUAUCCGAGAAAAAGCCAUGUUACUGUUGCAACUGAUGGUUGUCAAACGGCUAUUGCUCCUUUUGUGGGUCGGUUGGGUUUAUACAUUGAAGGAUCAGUUUCUCCCCCUAUUCUUGGGGUUAAUAUCAGAAUAAUAGCAUCAGGUGAUAGCAGCAAUACUCCUCUUCAGAAGGGGGAGUUAGCUCUUGAAACUUCAACAGGAUCAGAUGGUUUGUUCUCUGCAGGGCCUUUAUAUGAUGAUACAAGUUAUGUCAUUGAGGCUUCAAGGUCUGGUUAUCAUCUUAAACAAGUUGGACCACACUCAUUUUCAUGUCAGAAGCUCAGUCAAAUUGUUGUCCAUAUAAAUUCUGGGGAAGAAAAUACAGAGCUAUUCCCACCUGUUCUGUUGUCGUUGAGCGGGGAAGAUGGUUACAGGAACAAUUCAAUUUCUGGUGCUGGCGGCCUGUUCAUCUUUGAGAACCUGUUUCCUGGAAGUUUUUACUUGCGACCAUUAUUAAAGGAGUAUUCCUUUUCACCUGCAGCACAAGCCAUAGAACUUGGAUCUGGUGAGUCUAGGGAGGUGUUCUUUCAUGCUAACCGUGUUGCAUACAGUGCAAUGGGUACUGUUUCAUUCCUCUCUGGCCAGCCGAAGGAAGGAGUUUUUGUUGAAGCCAAAUCUCAGUCAAAAGGCUAUUAUGAAGUAACAUCAUCAGACUCCUUGGGGUUUUAUCGUCUUAGAGGACUUCUCCCCAACACCACCUAUAUGAUUAAGGUAGUGGCAAAAGAAGAUCCCGGGGGCAUUAGAAUCGAGCGUGCAUCUCCAGAUGGUGUUGCUAUCGAGGUUGGAUAUGAGGAUGUCAAGGGUGUGGAUUUUAUCAUCUUUGAACAACCGGAAAUGACUAUCUUAAGUGGCCAUGUAAAAGGAGUCGGCCUUGAGGAGUUACAACCUCAUCUUUCUGUGCAAGUGAAGUCAGCCACUGAUCCUUCUGUGGUUGUGGCAGUACUCCCCUUGCCGCUUUCCUUCUACUUCCAAAUACGUGAUUUGCCAAAGGGAAGGCAUCUUGUGCAGCUUAUCUCUGGACUUUCAUCGAGUGCUUAUGUGUUCAAAUCAGAGAUUUUUGAAUUUGACUUGGAAAAACAUACCCAAAUCCAUGUUGGCCCACUAACCUAUAAACUGGAUGAACGUAAUUACAAAACAGAAGUAACACCAGCUCCUGCAUUCCCUCUCAUUGUUGGGAUGGCUGUAAUUGCUCUCUUUAUUAGCAUGCCAAGAUUGAAGGAUCUUUACCAGUGGGCAGCAGGAAUAGCACCUUCAGGAUCUUUAGCUACUGCACCAAAGAAGGAAGUGCGAAAGCCAAUUAUUAGAAAGAGGACUUACUGAAAUAUUUGAAAUUGUGAUUUGGACUUUGAAGUCCGGUUGAUCAGCAAGAGGCCUUUGCUGUUGGAGAUUGUCCUCUCUCCAGAAAGCGGGGUAGUUUCAGCCUGUUAACCUUUGGAGUUGGAGAUUGUUUCUCUCUAAGAAACAGGGUGGCAGUUAAUUUGUGUACGAGGAAGAGGAGCGUUUCUGUUCAAAUAGAAGCCCUCACUUGAAGUAUGUAGGGUUUCUUCGAACUACAAAUGGACUGUUCAGAUUUUGAUCAAUGUAAUGGGCAGUUGAUAAUCUGAAAAUGCCAUGCUGCUUCUUAAAA